CUUCGCCGACGACUGCACAUACGGAAUCGCCGGUGAAGGAAAUCUAUAGAAUUGGGAGAAAUGUUAUCUUUGAAAUUUGGGUCAAAAUGGGUGGCGGUUGCUGCCUUCAAACCAGUCGUAGGAUGUCAAAGACACGUGAGAAAUAUUUGCUACUCUGCUAACCGUAUUCAGUCAAAUGGAUUAUCUUCUGAAUAUCAAAUUGAUUUCAAUUCACCAUUGUCGUUGAAAGAUUUUUCGUCUUUGGAAGGACUGGAGGAUGUCAUGGUCGGCUACUUUUUUGGGAAGAAGAGAGCGACAGAAGUUGCUCACUCUGUAUGGAAACAUGUCGUCAGAAAAGGGGAUACAGUGGUAGAUGCUACUUGUGGAAAUGGUUAUGAUACUCGAGCUAUGGUCAAAAUGGUUGCAGAUGAAUCUGGUUCUGCUCGUGUUUAUGCAAUGGAUGUUCAAAAAGAGGCUUUAGAAAAUACUUCUGCAUUCCUGGACGAGUCACUAAGUGAAAAAGAGAAGAAACUUGUUAAACUCUCUUCCAUUUGCCACAGCAGAAUGGAGGAUGUCAUUCCAGAGGAUUCUCCCGUUAGGCUUGUUGCAUUUAACCUAGGCUACCUACCUGGUGGUAACAAAGCAAUCACUACAAAGUCAGAAACAACAUUGCGAGCACUUAAAGCUGCCCAUAGAAUUCUGAAACCUGGAGGGCUUAUCAGCCUUGUGGUUUAUGUGGGGCAUCCUGGUGGACUGGAAGAAUUGGAGACUAUACAAAAAUUUUCUAGCGACCUAGCUGUUGAAAAUUGGAUUUGUUGUAAGCUUCAGAUGUUAAACCGGCCACUAGCUCCAGUUCCUGUGUUCUUAUUCAAGAGAUGAAAGUGGUAAGCAUUUUUUGUUCUUCCAUCCGAUUCCAAACUGUUUCUAGCUUCUUUCUUUGAUGAUGCUAGAUGGUGUAGUGAAAGAAUGUUGGUUAUUAUCAUUAUUUUUCUCAGAAAAUGAAGAAUUAUUAGCAUAAUUAUAUAAGAAUUAGCUCCAUGUAGUGGAGGCCUAGUAUAAACCUCGUCAUGUUACGAAGUUACGCCACCUUUUGGCUUGGAUAGGAAGACUUCCACGUAGACAUGUCUCUACUUAGACCAAGUCAAAACCUAAUGUUUCGAUUUGGAUUUAGUGGCAUCACGAAAUCAGGGUAGAUCAUAUGACAUAGUUAUUGCUAUAUUCUAAACAACUAUCUUGAUGAAAUUCAAAGUAGCUUUGUGCAACUACAACCACUGUUCAAUAAGCUCUUUCAUUCCAUAAUUCGGUAUUUCACGAUCCUUGUCUCAUCUUUAACUAUCAUGACGGUUUCAUAUAGAAAUUUGGCAACAAUUAAACUCUUAUGUCUAUAAAUUGAAACCUUCACAGCUAGUUCUUGAGAUUCUUCAUGCAGUUAAUUAGCCUUUACUAUUUCUUCUUAUUCGUUUGUCACUCAAGCAUUUGGUUCGAGCAUUGGUGUAACUUCAAUAAUCAUCAUACCAAUACCAGUUCGAUUUUUCAUUCUCCUGAAAAGCGACCAAGUUUAGAGCAGGAGAAAGAGCUGUCUGUGUAUUCUUGAACUCACUGAUGAAAAUGACUUGGGUUUUGUUUAUUAUAUGAAUUAUAGGAAGGGGGGUUGUUAUAGACUUUUGUUACAGUUUACAAAUACUGGUUUUGCCAACUGCCCUGUUGCAAUUGAGGCCAAAGCAUUGAUCAACCAAGGAAAACAUGUUUUGAAGAGCCUUCUAGCAGUAGAGUUCCUAUCAUUAAAUUUAUUGUUUAAUCUGAGCAAUGCAAAUCUAUUGAUUUAAUCUGUGGGUUAUCUAAAUUGUAAUCAUUCUUUUGCAUUAGAUAUUUUGUUGAGACAGUUGAUGAAGUUGGUUUGAGAGGGCAUUUCUGGGACAAUGCUCAUGCUUCACUUGCUCUUGCCUCUUUUGGUAGCCCUGUUGGCAUGCAUUAAUUUCAUACCAAUUUUGUAAUGUAGCUUCAUUACCAAUAAAUUAUAAUAUAUUAUAGCUCAUCAAUAAUUGACAUUUAUUCUUUUCAUUAAAGUUAGAGGUUCAAAUCUUUAUAUCCCA